AUAGCGAUUAUUGUGAAUGGCAAAGGGGAAUUUUUGUUGUUGGUUGCCCUGGAGAUCGUGAUUUAAAGGUUGUUUUAAAAUAGUUGCUUGUUUUUAGUAUUUUAAAAUAGAAUUUAGACUUAAAAAAUGGAUGCAAAUGUAGAGGAAAAUGAGUCUAAGAAAACCGAGAAUGAGUUGGCCGAGAAGUCAUCUUCUUCCCAAUUAAAGGGCCAUAUUGGCCUACUGCCGGUCAUGAUUUUCUUGGCAGCUACAGUGGCCACUGCUGUGAUAGUCGAAAUGUUUCCUCAUGCCAGCCAGUUUUUCAAUUGGAGCAGAAGAGAUGCCUCCGAAGAUCAGCAACAGGUUCCCCCGCCCACCUUUGCGAUCUUUGGUCGGAGCCCCACGGAGGAGCACCUAGUGCAUGUGCUGGAUGUGCUAGAGAGAUUCGGAUACCGAAGAGUGGGUGUCAAUGAGAGUUGGGAUCUCCUUUGGGCUCAUGACUACCCCUUCCGUUCCCUGCCAAACUUGAAGAAUCUUGACCAAAACCAAGUGGUAAACCAUUUUCCCGGAUGUGGUUACCUCACCAACAAGGUGGAUCUGUGCACCACGCAGCUUCCAUUUCUGCCGCGUGCCUUCCGGUUGCCAGCCCAACGGCAGGAAUUCCUGGAGUACGCCAAGGACAAUCCAGGAGUGCUCUUUGUCCAGAAACACAAUGAACACCGACACAUCCGGAUCAGGACUCCCAGUGAGAUUGCUUACGGAUCAAAUGAUUCCUUUGUUCAGGAGUUUGUCCAAAGACCGUUCCUCGUGGAUGGCCAUAAGUUUGACAUUGGAGUUUAUGUGGCUAUAACCUCGAUCAAUCCCUUGAGAGCCUAUAUUUACACUGGCGAUGUUCUGUUUCGCUAUUGUCCUGUUAAGUAUUAUCCUUUCAAUCCCGAGAAUAUUGACAAGUAUAUUGUGGGAGACGACUAUCUGCCCACCUGGGAGGUUCCUUCCCUGCGAAAGUACUACAAUCGCUUUGAGGGAAGUAUGAGAACUGUCUUCGAGGCCUAUGUCCGUGAUCAGGGCAAGGAUCCUUCGGGAAUAUGGCCUCAGGUGGAGCACAUUAUACGCACCACACUGGCCGCCAAGGAGAAGGACAUCGUGGAGACCCUAAGCUACUAUAGGACACACAACUUCUUCGAGUUAAUGCGAUUUGAUUUGUUCAUAGACGAAGAUCUGAAGGUUUCACUAAUGGAGGCCAACAUGUCGCCCAAUCUCUCCUCGGCGCAUUUUAAGCUGAACUCCCUUUUGUACGAACAAGUUAUUUACAGUGUUUUUAACCUGGUUGGAAUCAGACCCUUGAAAUCUACAGCUGCAGCAUAUUUGUCGAAAAGCUUUGAAAUGCUCACAGCAGACAAGAACCUGGCCACUGAAUUAAACAAAUGUGUGGCCUACGAUUGUGAUAAAUCCUGUAACAAGGACGAGUGUGAUCUUUGCCUACCAUGUCUCAGCGGAUCGCAGUAUGAAAUACUUCAGAGAGCCCACCAGGAGCACCUGCAUCGAGUUGAUAUGAAGCGCCUUUUUCCUCCACCAAUUGCCAAUUUGAAGAAUUAUAAUCUUUUGGAGGAAACAUCGAACAUGUCGAAAAGGAAUGCGUGGAUGACCCGCUGGUUUUACAACAAAUGCCAAUUUGAUGUGAACUGGUGCAAUUAAUUAGUUGUUUUUUUUUGUUAAAAAUUGGCCUCCGAUUGUAGUUAGUUGUAAAUUAUAAAAUAAGAUUCCAAGGGCCAUGAAUCAAUCUAGUAUUUUAUGCAUAAUUGGUUAGACAAAUUAAAUUAUUAGAAAAAUUCACCGAUUGUGGAAUAUUUCUGUAAACUACUAUUAGGUGCUCUUAAAAGACAAACAGAACAUGUACAAAUCCAACAAAAGACCGUCCCUAACUAAACUUAAAGUUAGAAUUGUUAAAAGCCGCCUAUGAGUCGCAAAUAAAUUGAAUGGAAAAAAUAAACUAUUAACUCUAACAAA